UAAUCUGACCAGCUUUAGUCAAAGAAGGAUAAUUCAAUGUUUCUUUAAAAGUGAAAGUAGAGUUACGCCGCUUUGUUUUGUAUGGAGCGAUCAUGUGAUUGACACAGUUGGUCGUUGACUAAGCCAGAGGAUGCUUAGUACUUUAGUGCAGUUUGAACCAGCAGUGACACAAACAUGACGUGAAAAUAUCAGGAUUAAAACAGAGCCACCUCAACGUAUUAAAGUAUGGAGGACACUUCAGAGAAAACUUGUCUCCUUUCUGAGUAUGAGCCGAAUCACAACCCCCAGAUCACCGUGGAGGUACCACAAAGGGAUGCCACGAGGGAAAUGGCCCGCAACAAACGUCGUAAUCUACAGAGAUCCGUGACGGCCCUGGAAUCUGUUGAGGUUCCCAAUAACUCCCAGGAUUACGUGUCCCACAGCUACAGCAGUUCACAGGGCGAGGAGCUCCCAGACAGGCUCAAAAUCUCGAAUUUACAGAGUCUUAUGCACCUUCUGAAGGGUAAUAUUGGUACGGGGAUACUGGCCAUGCCGAUAGCGGUCAGCUACGCUGGACUGUGGGUUGGUUCGACUGGUAUUUUACUGCUGGGAUUUUUAGCAACACACUGUAUGCAUACUCUGCUGAACUCGAGCACACAUCUACGAAGGAGAGAGAAGACCUCAGCACUUGACUAUGCAGCAACUCUCCGUCUCAGUUUGUCCAGUGGUCCAUUAUUCCUCAGGAGAUAUGCAGGUCUGGGAAGCUUUUUGAUCAAUAUGUUUCUGAUGAUGACACAGUUUGGUUUCUGCUGUGUUUACCUCCUCUUUGUUGCAACCAAUGUCAAACAGGUGUUCCACAGUUUUUGGUCAGGUGACCCCAGUCUUUCGGUAUAUAUCAUCGUUAUUGCAGCCCUCCUCAUUCCCUACAGUCUGAUACGGAAUCUCGUGCACCUCGCUCCAUUUGCCAUGUUUGCUAACGUCCUGAACACGGUGGGAUUGGUGAUUAUUUUCGAGUACCUAUUCCGUAAUCUACCGGACCAGAGCACCCGACCAGCGGAUAAGUCCUAUGAAAAACUGCCGCUGUAUUUUGGGACAGCGCUGUUUACUUAUGAAGGAAUUGGUCUUGUUCUGCCGAUUGAGAAUAAGAUGAGGACUCCGGAGAAUUUCCUUGGGUGGAAUGGAAUCCUGAACCUUGGGAUGAUAACCAUCUGUUCUCUGUACACCGCCAUGGGCUGGUACGGCUACCUCAAGUUUGGGGACGACGCCAAGGGCAGUGUGACCCUGAACCUCCCCACAGAUGAAUUCCUGUACCAAGCGGUUCUUCUGAUGUUUUCAGCAUCACUGUUUAUCUCAUUUGCAUUACAACUGUACGUCCCAAUCAGAAUCAUCUGGCCAAAGAUAGAGCAUUACCUUGUGUCUAAAAAGAAGAAGCACUUGGGAGAAUAUAUUCUCAGGAUUUUUCUCGUUGUCCUUACAGCUAUUGUAGCCAUAGUGGUUCCGGAGUUGGACUUGCUUAUCUCCCUUGUGGGGGCACUGGCCAGUAGCUCCCUGGCUCUGGUGUUCCCUCCCCUGAUAGAAAUCCUUACCUACAAAGCGCCCAAUGAAAAAAUAUCUCCCAUCAUCCUCGUAAAAAACAUUGUUAUAAUGUCGUUUGGGAUUUUUGGAUGUGUGGUUGGAACUUGGAUAUCUAUAGAUGAAAUUAUCAAGAAAAGAAAUCCACAAACUACAACUCUGAUGCCAUUUAGUUCUACAACUGCAAAUCCUAGACAUAAUUUAACUUUGUUCAACAGUUCAUGACAAACACUUCUUGAUCUGGGUGUGAAUUUCUCAGUAAGUUUACAUCAUGUUUUGGACACUUGUUGUUAUGCAUGGAUUUGAGUCCCCUGGUAGAAUUUCAACCCUGGGGACUAAAGGUCAUGACCUCUUGUUUUGUAUCAGCUUAAUUUUACUUUCAAUUUCUUUUUCUGGUGAUGCCAGAUAUUUAAACAAGAUCUUAUGGUUAAUUUUUAUCUUUUAUGAUUAAAAUUGUCUGUGAUGCUGGUCAUCAUGGACCAAUGGUAAUGUCCGUUACAAUAUAUGGUCAACUUGGAUCCCAGUUAUGGACCAUUACAAUAUAGUCAACUCAGAUCACAAUUAUGGACCAAUGGUAUGUAGUCAAUGUAGUCAACUGAGAUCAAAGUAAUUUGGGAGGGAUGGAAAUAAAAGUUUUGUGUUUUUUCUUUUUAUUGUUAGGAGUUUCUUGGUUGUUUUGAAUUGUUACAAACUUAUAACUGAAUUAUUAUCUUAUACCAUGUAUACCAAUUGAUUUUAUAUGUAUUUUAUAGAAAAUUUCUAGGUGUAUUUUUAGUUUUAUUAACAAUGAAGAAAAAUUGAAUUUUUCAACGUACAUACUCUUAUAACAUUCCAUCAAGUGCAUUUUCCUCAGAUGGGACUUUCUUGGUCCAGAGAAAUUAAAGUCAGCAAUUAGCCAUUGGAUUACAUGUGGCAUUAGAAUAAUUGUAGAAAAGUUACAGGGUAUUACUUUUGACUUGAGGUUGUCUAUAACAAUGUUAUCUACAGGAAAAAACUUCUCUUUACAUGUACUGUGAUAUUCAAAGAAUAAAUGAUAUAUUUUC